AUGUGCAAGACCGAAGCGUUCAAAUCUCACACCUGCCCACAUCACUGGAUGAGCAUCGUCAAACCAUGUGGGCCCGAAGCGUCCUUCAAGAACCAGGCUCACCAAUACACUCCGGCACGGAGCGCCUGGAAAAGACUGGUGCAACCAGAAUACCUCUCUGCGCCGGCCAAGAGCUGUCCGAAUUGCAAUCUGAAGGGGGACUACGAUGCAGACAAGACACGAAUCAUUCUCAGGAACCCCGGCGAGGCAGGCAAUCUGGGCAAUGGAUACAACAUGACCGAUGGACGGGGGAGGGUGACCCCAGCGAACCAUUACACGAGACAUGGUCGGCCAAUGUCAUAUGCUCCGACAGGGUUUCAUACCAAUGGCCAGUGGCAACAGGCUGGGUGCUGUACUGUGAUGUGA